AUGAAGUUAAAAAAGGGUGUUUUCUUCGAAUAUUUGAAUUUAAACAAGUUUCAUUGCCUUCUCUCACUCACCAACACUAAAAUAAUUCAUGACUAUUUUUGUCUUCUGGAUAUUCACGGGAAAAAAACACUGAAUGACAUUCAGUUCUACCAUUUCAUGAAGCAUGUGACAACAAUGGGGAAGAAAAACAUCAUGCUGACGUUCGACAUGCUGGAUUGGGAUACUGAUGGAGAAAUUGGUUUUGAGGAGUUUUAUAUGAUGGUCUGCAUUCUGCUAAGCAGCCAACACGAUGUGGAAGAGACUUUCAUCUGUCACCAUUUCCUCCCUGUCUUUGAGCUGUUGGAUAUGGACGGUAGCAGAACCAUCAACCUGAAAGAGUUUAAGGCGUCCGGAUUCCUUUUCAACCUCAAGGGUUCUGAUUUCAAAAAGAUCUUGAACCAGUUUGACAUCACUGGGGACGAGGUAGAGAUGUCAUACAACUACCAGUGCUUGCUGCUUAACAGUUAA